UUUUUUUUUUUGCAGACUCUGCAAGUCUCCUCCAGCAUGGGUCCCUGGCCCCGCUCGCUGCUAGCCGCCCUCCUCCUGCUUCUCGCCGGCCUGAGCGCCGUGUUGUGUGACACACCUGCCAACUGCACCUACUCCGACUUGCUGGGCACCUGGGUCUUAGAAGUGGGCCCGGGCAGUUCCAGCCGCGACGUCAACUGCUCAGUUAUGGGACCACCAGAAAAAAAAGUAGUGGUGCACCUUCAGAAACUGGACACAGCAUAUGAUGACCUUGGCCAUUCGGGCCAUUUCACCAUCAUUUACAAUCAAGGCUUUGAAAUCAUAUUGAAUGACUACAAGUGGUUUGCCUUUUUUAAGUACAAACAAGAGGGCAGCAAGGUAACCAGUUAUUGCCACGAGACGUUGCCAGGGUGGGUACAUGAUGUGCUGGGCCGGAACUGGGCAUGUUUCACUGGAAGGAAGGUGGGAACUACUUCUGAGUAUGUGAGCGUAAACACAGCACACCUUGAGAGUCGUCAGGAAAUGUAUUCUAAUAGGCCUUACAAAUAUGACCACAACUUUGUGAAAGCUAUCAAUGCCAUUCAGAAGUCCUGGACUGCCACUGCAUACAAGGAAUAUGAGACUCUUAAUCUAAGAGACAUGAUUAGGAGAGGUGGUGGUCAUAGCCAGAGAAUCCCAAGACCCAAACCAGCACCACUGACCACUGAAAUACGACAAAAGCUUUUGCAUUUGCCAAAAUCUUGGGACUGGAGAAAUGUUCAUGGUAUCAAUUUUCUUAGCCCUGUUCGAAACCAAGCAUCUUGUGGGAGCUGCUACACAUUUGCUUCUCUGGGUAUGCUAGAAUCAAGGAUCCGUAUACAAACCAACAAUUCUCAGACCCCCAUCUUCAGUCCUCAGGAGGUCGUGUCUUGCAGCCAGUAUUCUCAGGGCUGUGAAGGUGGCUUCCCAUAUCUUAUCGCAGGAAAGUAUGCCCAAGAUUUUGGACUGGUGGAAGAGUCCUGCUUCCCUUACAAAGCUACUGAUGUUCCAUGCAAACUGAAGGAGGACUGCUUACGUUACUACUCCUCGGAUUACCACUAUGUGGGAGGUUUCUAUGGGGGCUGUAAUGAAGCUCUGAUGAAGCUUGAGCUGGUCAGUCAUGGGCCCAUCGCAGUUGCUUUUGAAGUCUAUGAUGACUUCUUCCUCUAUCACAAAGGGAUCUAUCACCACACUGGUCUGAGAGACCCUUUCAACCCUUUUGAGCUGACCAAUCAUGCAGUUCUGCUUGUUGGUUAUGGCACUGACUCGGUCUCUGGGAUGGACUACUGGAUUGUUAAAAACAGCUGGGGCACCACUUGGGGUGAGGCUGGUUACUUCAGAAUCCAGAGAGGAACAGAUGAGUGUGGAAUUGAAAGCAUAGCAAUGGCAGCCACACCAAUCCCUAAACUGUAGAGUAUGUUUUAGUGUUUCAAAAUAACCACCA